AUGACUACUGAGAUGAACCCCAUUGAAUUGGAGCCUAAGGCUGCUAUCGACCAUCUGGACGAGGCGAAAAGAGUUCGACGAAAGAUGGACAUCUAUAUCUUACCUGUGUUAUGUUUCAUGAAUAUCUGUGCUUUCCUCGACAAAGCAAACAUCGGAAAUGCGAACACGGCUGGCAUGUCUGCCGACUUGGGUAUCACCAAGAAGCAAUACAACUUUCUUUUGACGAUCUUCUAA